CGGCGGCGCGGGCGGGCGGCGGGGGCCGCGCGCUCUGUGAGGCGCCGGCCUGCGUGCGCGGCUGGAGGCGGCGGCCGGGGAUGCGGCGGUGCCCGGCCUGAGCCCGUUCCCGGCCAUGUCGGCGGCCAAGGAGAACCCGUGCAGGAAAUUCCAGGCCAACAUCUUCAACAAGAGCAAGUGUCAGAACUGUUUCAAGCCCCGCGAGUCGCAUCUGCUCAACGACGAGGACCUGACGCAGGCAAAACCCAUUUAUGGUGGCUGGCUGCUCCUGGCUCCAGAUGGGACUGACUUUGAUAACCCAGUGCACCGAUCUCGGAAAUGGCAGCGCCGGUUCUUCAUCCUCUACGAGCACGGCCUCUUGCGCUACGCCCUGGAUGAGAUGCCCACAACCCUCCCUCAGGGCACCAUCAACAUGAACCAGUGCACAGACGUGGUGGAUGGGGAGGGCCGCACGGGCCAGAAGUUCUCCCUGUGCAUUCUGACCCCCGAGAAGGAGCACUUCAUCCGGGCAGAGACCAAGGAGAUCAUCAGCGGCUGGCUGGAGAUGCUCACGGUCUAUCCCAGGACCAACAAGCAGAACCAGAAGAAGAAGCGGAAGGUGGAGCCCCCCACACCACAGGAGCCAGGGCCGGCCAAGAUGGCUGUCACCAGCAGCAGCAGCAGCAGCAGCAUCCCCAGUGCUGAGAAGGUUCCCACCACCAAGUCCACACUCUGGCAGGAAGAAAUGAGGGCCAAGGACCAGCCCGAUGGGAGCAGCCCGAGUCCAGCUCAGAGUCCCAGCCAGAGCCAGCCUCCUGUGGCCAGCACCCUGAGGGAGCCAGGGCUGGAGAGCAGAGAUGAGGAGAGCACCUCGAGCAGCGAGCGUGUGGACUGUGGCCGCAAGGUCCGGGUGGAGAGCGGCUACUUCUCCCUGGAGAAGACCAAGCAGGACGCGAAGGCCGAGGAGCAGCCGCUGCCGCCGCCGCUCUCCCCGCCCAGCCCCGGCACUCCCACCAACAGGUACAGUGGCUCCGGCCCGCCCUCCCGGGAGCUUGGCCGUCCCCUUCCUCCCCCAGGUCCUCAGCCCUCUGGCCGAACCGUCUGCAGUGGCUCCUUCGGCUCCCUGGACACAGCCAGCCGGCCCCCUACCCACGUGGACUCCGGCAGCGCUGGGGGGCGGGGUGCAGAGAGACCGGGGCGCGCCUCUGCCUUUAAAGCCAGCAGGCAGUAUGCCACCCUGGCCGACGUCCCUAAGGCCAUCAGGAUCAGCCACCGAGAAGCUUUCCAGGUGGAGAGAAGGCGGCUGGAGCGUAGGACUCGGGCCCGAAGCCCUGGCAGGGAAGAGGUGGCCCGUCUGUUUGGCAACGAGCGGAGGAGGUCCCAGGUAAUAGAGAAAUUUGAGGCCUUGGACAUCGAGAAGGCAGAGCACAUGGAGACCAACGUGUCAGCCGGGCCCUCGCUGUCCAGCGACACUCGCCAGGGCCGGAGCGAGAAGAGGGCCUUCCCCCGGAAGCGGGACCUCCCCAGCGAAGCUCCUCUCCCGGACGCCUCGGCCUCCCCCCUGUCUCCACACCGAAGAGCCAAGUCACUGGACAGGAGGUCCACGGAGCCCUCCCUGACGCCCGACCUGCUGAACUUCAAGAAAGGCUGGCUGACCAGGCAGUAUGAGGAUGGCCAGUGGAAGAAACACUGGUUUGUCCUUGCUGAUCAAAGCCUGAGGUUCUACAGGGACUCGGUGGCUGAGGAGGCGGCCGACUUGGAUGGGGAGAUAGACUUGUCUACAUGUUAUGAUGUCACGGAGUACCCAGUGCAGAGAAACUAUGGCUUCCAGAUCCAUACAAAGGAGGGCGCCUUCACCCUCUCUGCUAUGACGUCUGGAAUCCGGCGGAAUUGGAUCCAGACCAUCAUGAAGCACGUCCACCCGAUCUCUGCCCCCGACGUGACCAGCUCGCUGCCGCAGGGCAAAGACCGGAGCAGCUCUCCCUCGGAGACGAGGCUGCGGGAGAAGCAGGACGGGGAGCCCGGGGAGCCAGACCCCGAGCAGAAGCGGAGCCGGGCCCGUGAGCGCAGGCGGGAGGGCCGCUCCAAGACCUUCGACUGGGCCGAGUUCCGCCCCAUCCAGCAGGCCCUGGCCCAGCAGAGAGCCGGCGCCCCGGGACCUGCCACCACACGGCCCGAGGCGGAGCCCGGCGAGCUGGAGAGGGAGCGUGCGCGGCGGCGGGAGGAACGGCGCAAGCGCUUUGGGGCGGUGGACGUGGCUGACGGGCCCAGCAUCGACGACACGGCCCUGCGCAUGGAGGUCGACCGGGGCCCGGGGCCGCCCGCGACCGCCGACCUCAGGACCCAGAACGUGCACGUGGAGAUCGAGCAGCGGUGGCAUCAGGUGGAGACCACCCCUCUCCGGGAGGAGAAACAAGUGCCCAUCGCCCCCCUGCACUUGUCCUCUGAGGAUGGAAGCGACCGACUGUCCACUCCCGAGCUGACCUCUGUGCUGGAGAAGGAGUUGGAGCAGAGCCAGAAGGAGGCCUCAGACCUUCUAGAGCAGAACCGGCUGCUGCAGGACCAGCUGAGGGUGGCUCUGGGCCGGGAGCAGAGCGCCCGGGAGGGCUAUGUGCUGCAGACUGAAGUGGCCACCUGCCCGUCCGGCGCCUGGCAGAGGCUCCACAGAGUCAACCAGGAUCUGCACGGCGAGCUGGAGGCCCAGUGCCAGCGCCAGGAGCUCAUCACGCGGCAGAUCCAGGCCCUGAAGCGCAGCUACGGGGAGGCCAAGGACGCGAUCCGGCACCACGAGGCCGAGAUCCGGAGCCUCCAGGCGCGGCUUGGCAAUGCCGCCGCCGAGCUCACCAUCAAGGAGCAGGCACUGGCCAAGCUCCAGGGCGAGCUGAAGCUGGAGAAGGACAAGGUCCGCGAGCAGCUGGAGGAGCGGCAGCACAGCGAAGCCGCGCUCAACGCCCAGCUGCGCGCCAGCGAGCGGAAGCUCCAGAGCGCGGAGGCCCUGCUGCUGGGGAGGACGCAGGAGCUGCGGGACCUGGAGAGGCAACAGGCGCUGCAGCGGGACCGGCAGAAGGAGGUGCAGAGGCUGCAGGAGCGCAUCGCCGACCUCAGCCAGCAGCUCAGCGCCAGCGAGCGGGCCCAGAGGCUGAUGGAGGAGAAGCUGCAGAGGAACUACGAGCUGCUGCUGGGGAGCUGUGAGCGGGAGAAGCAGGAGCUUCUGCAGAGCCUGAAGGAGGCAGAGGACAGGGCCAGCGCCUUCGAGGACCGGCUCCAGGACCACGAGCAGCAGAUGGAGGUCCUGCAGAAGGAGAAGCUGAGUGCCAAGUCCGAGGGCAGUGAGGUGGUGCACCGGCUGGAGGAGCAGCUGGAGAUGAAAGAGGCCAGCAUCCAGAAGCUGGCCGAGCACGUCCAGAGCCUCCGAGACGAGCGGGACCUGAUCCGACAGCGCUUCCAAGAGCUGAUGGGCCGUGUCGCCUUGUCCGACGGGGACGUGGCUGCGCUUGAGGAGAAGCUGAAGGGGAGGGAGGCUGACUACCAAAGCCUGGAGCGCUCCUACAGGAGGGUGGCCAGCCAGCUCCAGGGCGCGCACACGCGGCUCCGGGAGAAGGAGGAGGAGCUGAGGUGCAUCCAGGACACGCACGAGAAGGCGCUGGCGAGGAAAGAGCGGGAUCUCCAGGAUGUGCUGGUUAAGAUGACUGUCUUGGGGAGCAGCUUAGAGGAAACAGAAGUGAAGCUCCAGGCAAAGGAGUCCUCAGAGGACGCCGAGGAGCCACGGAGCUUCUUGGAAGAAGCCGAGGAGGAGGACGGCGUCGCGCGUUCGGGCCCACAGCUCCAGGCUGCCAGCGCACCUCCGGGGGCUGCCCUGGGGGAGGAGCACAGGGACAGCAGCCCCAGGAGAGAAAAGAGCCCAGUGCCCCCAAGGUCGGAAGUGUCCGACAGGGAGGGGCACCUGCAGAGCACCUCAAAGCCCGACCAGGGAGCACCCGGCCUUAAGAGACAAAGAAUCCGGUUCUCCACGAUCCAGUGCCAAAAGUACACCCACCCUGACGGGUCUGAGAGGACCUGGACCAGCAGCACGUCCUCUGACACCAGUCAGGACCGCUCACCCUCGGAGGAAAGCAUGUCGUCGGAGGCCACCCCCAGCUCGCUCCCAGCGACCAGCGACUCGGACACCUACCUGUCCAUCAUCCACUCCCUGGAGACCAAGCUCUACGUCACCGAGGAGAAGCUCAAAGAUGUGACAGUGAAGCUGGAGAGCCAGCAGGGCCAGAGCCAGGAGGCCCUGCUCGCUCUGCACCAACAGUGGGCUGGCACCGAGGCGCGGCUGCGCGAGCAGCUCCGUGCCAGCCUGCUCCAGGUCGCCGCGCUGGCCUCCCAGCUGGAGCAGGAGAGACAGGCGAGGGCGGAGGUGGUUGAGAACCACGUGGAGGAGCUCGGUGACUUCCGGGUGAAGAACAGCCAGGCCCUGGCUUGCCUGGAAAGCUGCCGGGAACAGCUGCGGUCGCUGCCGGCUGACGCGGGGGCGGGGCUCCUGGCCGGCGUGGAAAGCUUGCUGGUCGGCGCCAUCCAGGCCCUGUGUCACCAGCCGCCUCCCACAGGGGAGGCGGGUUUCUCGGAGGAAGAGAAAGCGACCUCACGGCAGCCACCAUACCUGCCGGAGCUGAGCGACCAGGAGCAGCUCCAGCUCCUUUCUGAUCAGAUAGCUCUGGAAGCCACGCUGAUAGACCAGAUAGCAGACUCACUGAAAAACACCACCUCCGAUAUCUCGCACGUGCUCCUCGAGAUCUCUCAGUCCGGAAAGUGGCCGCUGGAGUCCGAAAGUACCGUGGCCUGUCCUGGGGCCCCAGUGGAUGCCUGGGCCAAGAAGGUGCUGGUGGAUGGAGAAUUCUGGAGCCAGGUCGAGUCCCUGAGCCGGCACCUGGAGACGCUGGGCGGAGAGGCAGCCAGUGCCUCGGGAGGUGGGCGGCCAAACGCCCCGCCAGCCCCGGUCGCUGCCCUGGCCGACGCCACGUGGGUCAGGGCGGAGCUCAGCCUUGCCGUGCAUUCGGUGAGGGGGUCCCUCCAGCGCAGGCUGCAGAGCAUCCAGGAGACCCUGCAGGGGACACAGGCAGCCCUGCAGCAGCACAAGCGCAUGCUGGGGGAGAUCCUAGGGGCCUACCAGACACCCGACUUCGAGAGAGUGAUGCUGCAGGUCUCGGAAACCCUCCAGCUUCCAGCAGGUGCCGGAGAUGGUGUCCAGGUGUCCUGGACUGGGAGCCUGCCGGAAGAAGUACCAAGUCAUCCGGACCCAGCUGGCUCGCAGGCUCUCUGUCCCUUGUCCAGCCAGAGCUCUGGGGCCUUGGUUGCUAUUCAGGAAGAGCUCGCCCUGCAGCUUAAGGAUAAGGCCAGUCUCUUGGGAGAGAUCUCUGCCACUUUAACCUCACUUCUCUCUGUGGAGGCAGUGCGAGACUGUCAGAAGCUUCUCCAGGCAUCCCGGCAUCUCUCCCGUAGCGCUUGUCUGGGAGGCCUCGGCCAGUAUUCUUCCUUAUUAGUUCAAGAUGCGAUUAUUCAGGCUCAGGUGUGUUACACAGCCUGCAGGAUCCGCCUGGAGUAUGAAAAGGAGCUCCGGGGCUACAGGGAGUCCUGGUCGGGCGGGGGGGCCUCCUGUCAGGAGCACGAGCACGCUGUGGGGGCCCUGAGGGAGGAGUACGAGGGGCUUCUCCGCAAGCAGAAGAGCGAGUACCUGGAGCUGAUCGCCAUCGUUGAACGGGAGAACGCGGAGCUCAAGACCAAGGUCGCCCAGCUGGGCCAGCAGCAGAGGCGUCUGGAAGAGGGGCAGAGUGAGCGCCGUGAGAGCCUGGCUGCCCCACGAGGGUGGUUUGAGGAGUGGAAGGUCAGCUACACAGGGGAGCGGCUGAGCCGGGCGGAGGGUGCGCCGCAGACUGCGCGUGGCAGGGUUCUGAGCCAGCUGGAUGCCUUGGCGGGGGACAGGCAGGACCUGGAGAGGCAGCCUGUGGACCAGGUGCAGACCCUGGAGGACAAGUUCCAGCUCAAGAUCAGGGAGCUGCAGGCCAUCCAUGAGGAGGAGCUGCGGGCCCUGCAGGAGCAUUACUCUCAGACGCUGCGGUGCCUGCAGGAGACCCUGCACCACUACCAGGGGCGGCCCCCUGCCGCCCCACCAGCCCACGGACCCCCAUCCUCCAGCCGGCCAGCUGAGGGGGAGGCCGACUCCAUGAUGGGGCUGAAGGGGCGCAUCCAGGAGUUGGAGGCCCAGGUGGACGUCCUGCGGGAAGCGCUGGAGCACAAGGACCUGGCGGGUGGCGCGGCCUCACUGCGGGAAGAGCGCCAGAGGGACUUUGAGAGCCUCAAGGCCACGUGCGAGCGAGGGUUUGCAGCCAUGGAAGAAACACACCAGAAGAAGAUCGAAGACCUGCAGAGGCAGCACCAGCGGGAACUGGAGAAACUGCGGGAGGAGAAAGACCGCCUCCUGGCUGAGGAGACCGCGGCCACCAUCUCAGCCAUCGAAGCCAUGAAGAAUGCCCACCGCGAGGAGAUGGAACGGGAGCUGGAGAAGAGCCAGCGGUCCCAGAUCAGCAGUGUCAAUGCGGACAUCGAUGCCCUGCAGCGGCAGUACCUGGAGGAGCUGCAGUCUGUGCAGCGCGAGCUGGAGGUCCUCUCUGAGCAGUACUCGCAGAAGUGCCUGGAGAACGCCCACCUGGCCCAGGCGCUGGAGGCCGAGCGGCAGGCCCUGCGGCAGUGCCAGCGCGAGAACCAGGAGCUCAACGCCCACAACCAGGAGCUGAACAACCGCCUGGCUGCUGAAAUCUCACGGCUACGGACGCUGCUGACCGGGGACGCCGGUGGCGAGGCUGCUGGUUCACCUCUCACGCAGGGCAAGGACGCCUAUGAGUUAGAGGUCUUAUUGCGGGUCAAGGAGUCAGAAAUUCAGUACCUGAAACAGGAGAUCAGCUCCCUCAAGGAUGAGCUACAGACGGCGCUGCGGGACAAGAAGUACGCUAGUGACAAGUACAAGGACAUCUACACAGAGCUCAGCAUCGUGAGGGCGAAGGCCGACUGUGACGUCAGCAGGCUGCAGGAGCAGCUGAAAGCCGCGACCGACGCACUGGGUGAAAGGUCACCGGAACACACCCCCGUGUCCGGCUACGAUAUAAUGAAGUCUAAAAGCAACCCUGACUUCUUGAAGAAAGACAGAUCCUGCGUCAGCCGACAGCUCAGAAGCAUCAGGUCCAAGUCCGUAAUUGAGCAGGUCUCAUGGGAUAACUGAAACGACCCGCUUCCCGGUCCCUUGUCGUGUAGAGUCUGAAGGAAGGCCUGACGGUGCAAGAUCGCCUGAAGCUCUUUGAGUCCAGGGACCUGGAGCGCGACUAGCUGCUCCCACGCAGCUCAGACGCACCCUCCCUGGCCCGCGGCCACCACCCUCGUCUGUACCUUCGAUUUCUGUUAUCGUUAUCGUCGUUAUCGCCCUCAGUAACUGUGGUAUGGAUGCAUGAGAGACUGGUCUGUGGGUUGCUCACAUCACCCCUGUUGUGUUUACCGAAGCUUUUCCCCAUGGUUUUCUACGACCAGCCCAGCCGAGGGGCCGAGCGCAUGUGGCUCUCCCCCGUCGCCCCCGCGCUCAUGUCAGUAUUAAGGCCCAGCAGCCUGCGAUAAGCUAGCUCUGUCUCGCCCAGUGCGCGGUGGGGUCAGGGCCCGGGCGGGUCCCUGGGAGAGAACCGGCCACGAGGCGUGGAGGCGUGUGCUGCGGUCCCAGCGCGGAUAGCUGGUAGCCUGCGGGGGAGGGGGAGCGUGGCCUAGAACCUUGGAUGUACCACCUUUGGGCUUCAGAGGAGGACAGCAUUUUGUAUUUGUUCCACUAAUGCCGCUUAGAACCACACCCCAGAUACUCGUGGUAAACCUUUCACAACCUGGAAAAUGUUGAAAGCAGCCAUUCCUAUUUUUGUUUGUUUUUUAUUAAAUCUUGCACAAAACCAGGCCCCUCUCAUUCCUUCCUACGCUCGCUUCUUUCUUGGUCACCAGGAACCCUGGUCCUUUCAUACUCGGUAGAUGCUGACCUGUGAUCACAAAGAAUGAAGAGAGUUUUCCCUCAGAAUACGGUUGACAGGAGACCCUGUGUUAAGCCGAGGUUAGAGCAGAUGUUGGAACCAGAUAAGAACUGGCCGUUCGUGACGUGCUCCUAAGCCUCCUUCAGUUCACCUGAGGUCUCAGGCCGUGCGGCACUGGGGGCGCCAGCGCCGGGCCUGGACCGACGGCUCUGCUUCCUUAGUGGUCUGAGUAACAACUCUUUAACCGCCACCAGACACUCUACAGCACUUCUUGAAAACCUCUGAAAUCGGGGUUCUAUGACGGCCCCAUGAAAACAACUCAUCCCGUUAGGGUGGGGAGUGUGAACAAAGCCCACCAGGCGGGAGCCGGCCCGGGCGCGGGGGGGAAGGCCUCCUGGCCUCGCUGCUUGGGUGAGCACCACUGUCUCGGGUACGUGGGUGCUUCGGGCGUGGAAACGUAGAAAUCAUCUUGCUCAGUUUUUAGAUUAAGUGAACGCACGAGGUCAUUUGGAGAAAGUCCUGGAAGGGCAGGACAGAGGCCCUGGGGUGUGUAAGAGUGCAGCUCCCGUGCUGUCUUCUCACUGGAUGGUCUCAGGGCUCCUGGCUGCAGUGGGCCCUCCCUGCUCACAAGCUGUUCAGAGCCUCCCACCACGCCAGUCACUCCUUCGCCGCUAUCCUCCCACGUUUUUAAAAGCAGAGAACAUUAGCUCCUUUAAUUCUGGCAUCAGACACCCCCGCCAUGUAGACUGGCGCUGUCUCCAGAAUGGUCUGUGAGCGUGUCGUCGAGGGCAGCGUGACAGGUGCCCUGGGGAUCUGCUGGGCGGGCCUCUGCCAGGCUCGGGCGGCUCUUCGGGUGUCAUGACUGUGGCUUCGUGUUCCUCCUCCGAGCAGGCACCUCGUCAGGCCGGGUUGGCCCUGUGCUGCCCCUGCUGCCCCUGGGGGGAUCUCCGGCCCUCCCAGAAGGGCAGGGUCCGCGCACAGAGUUGGGUUUCGUCUGCCCGUAGACGUGAGCGUUUGGAUUGUGCAGUGCUCCUGAUUAGGUCAAAAGAGCAUUUUAUUCGUGUGUCUUCAUCAGUUGUCCUUUGAGGUCGGCCCUCAGGAAUCUUGGGGAACAGGUGGCGGCAGCAGCAUCCGGGGCUUGCAGGCAGAGGCGGCCAGGAAAUGCACCGCGAGGGCUCAACCAGCCGAGCAGCGACCCCGGCAGUGCUGGGCAGCAGCACGUGGUGACGGCCGCCGCCUGGUUCGGAACCAGGUCUGAGCUUCGGGCUGGCGUGAGCAGGCAGGACAGGACGGCGAGGGUCUCUGCUCUGCAUCUCACCGUCCCACCUCAGCCCCCGGCACGCAGCGUCCUCCGGACUCUCCCUGCGAGCACCCAAGCUCCCAGGCAGCAAUUCAGCUGCCGCACUCCAGAAGGGAGGAAGAACACGUAUGCGGAGGUUGAGCCGGUGUCUGCGUUGGCAGAGAACAGGCCCUCGGGGGGCUGUGGACAGGGAGGCGCAGGUGACCGCAAGCCCAGGGUGCUCCCGGCGCUCCCCCAGCAGGGGGAGCGUCCCCACGUCCCCAAGGAGGAAAAGGUUCCCUGGGUCGUCUCUUCACAGCAGUGAUAUUUUCCUGUAAACGUUUCUCCUUCAUCUGGGACCUGCGAGCACCUGCAGCUAAGCCGAGCCCGACAGGCCAGCGGGAGGCUGGACAGGCUCACACCACCUGACGGCUCUGUGAACACCUGCAUCACUGCAGGGUACGUGCGCCGGGCUCGCGGCCGCCUCUGCUCCGACGUGCUGCCGGGGCCUAAGCAGGUCUGAAGGCCAGUGUUCCGGUGACCGUGCUGGCCGCAGCGUGCCUCGCGGGCUUGUGCCAUGGCGCGAGAGCCAGCGUGGCUUUCUGGGACGAAGCGAUGGCUGUGCUGGGGUGACCGGCGGAGACCGAGGACGACGGAAGGCCCAGCCUCUGGCCAGUCACGGGCAGCCUGUCGUUCACGGUGUCCAGACGCAGGCAGCAGCUCACCGACCCGACAGCUGGGCACCGACGCCUCAUGCUCAGGCCAGGCUCAGGAAGAGAGGGAGCUGCCUGAGAGCAGUUCUGACAGAUGAGGCCACGAGACAAGACCUACGGCGUCAGCACUCUCAGAGACGUCUAUUUAAUGCCGUUUCUCUGCGAGGGAAACACCAUCUUUCCAUCGCUGCGCCUGGCAGCCCCCUCCACAUCCUCUGGGUGAGGCGGCACAGUGCCUGCCCCCUCCGAGGGGCCUGUAUGGUGAGCGCUCACCCUGGAACCUCCUCUCCAGCCAGGUGCCCGGGUCCCCCAGCUCUAGCCGGUGAGACCUCGCGGGCGCCCCGGGGUGUCCCCCGCUGGGAGGAGCAGGUAGACAGGCGUGCGCAUUCUCCUCGCGAAGGAACUCACGCCCGCUCCUCCCUGAGGACGCGGCGUCCCGCCGGAGCACCACGAGCCAGGCUUCCCGCCGCCGCUCGCUCCUGACGUGGUCUUCUCCAGGGACUCAAAGCUGUUUUCCAUUAGAGAGUAAAAUGAACACAGCCCGCCAGCAGUUCUCUUUCCUGAAAGGAAGUUUGCUCAUCAUCGUUCUCAAGAAGCUUACUUUCAAGACGCAAUUUCAUAAAACAAAAAUACUAGACACCUUUAUCACCUAGAAAGGGGAGGAAACUUAACUGUUGCCAGAGUUUUACAAAGGACUGGAAAGUGUGUAGUAUGAUACUUAAAAAGAAUGAAAUACUAGAAGGAAAAAAGAUCUGGCACCUUAACUGGAAGCUUCUCUCCUCUGGAAACUGCAGUAUUCCGGAAUGUCUCGCCCCCCACAGCCCUGGACAGUGAGCUCUUGGUGUUUCAUGUUGAAUAGGAAUUUGCCUUAUGAACAGCUUUUACCUGUUGCCCUAGCAUUUCCUCCACUCAGCCGAAACUAACGAGGGUCCCGGCGCCCUGGUGUGCAGCCCCACCCUUAGAAGACUUGGGAGGUGCUGCUGAGAACCGACUUCUUCCAGAGGUUUUCACUGCAGGCAUCUGCACACCCAUCUUGUCCACCUGUGAUCGUGGGCGCUCCUUCAUCCCGCCAUUCUGAGAGGGGAUCCUGGACGGCGCCGAGAGGCCUGAGCGCAGGUGUCGGACUCCCGAGCCUGGGAAAGGUCUUCCUCACCAUAGGUCAGGUGAGACGUAGCGCCCGCCCCUGCUCUCGGCACUGAGCGCACGACGCUAGGGACACUCCCGCCGCAGCAGGCCCAGCCCGGCCCUCCUUAGCCUGCUCUCAGGAGGCGGGGCUGCACUUUAGUUUUGUGUAUUUUCACGUGUGUACACUUUCGCAAGGCCGUACUUUCCACAGCUGAAAACUUAAAUAAGCAGCAGCCUUAAGUGAGAUCUCAGAAACCACGUGUUUUGGGUUCUUUGAUAGGAAGACAGGACAGAAACCCAGUAUGGAGAUGAACUGUCAGUCUCUCAAGUUUUGUCUGACUGGAGAAGACCGGUCUCGUUCUUCUGCCCUUUUGAGAACGGUGAGUUCCUUCCUGUUUCUCUGUAAAGGGAAGCAGUCUCCCCUCCCUGAGGUCUGUCAACAGAAGACCCUCAGAAGAGCAGGCCUAAACCUGUGUCCCCGAGAGCAGCUCAGACACACUGUGUCCAUUCCUUCCAGGGCCCACGGGACCCCGCACACCCCGUGCAGCUCCCAGGUCCUCUGUAUUUAGAAAAACCGGGAUAUUAUUCAGAGCAAGCAGUGUAAAUAUUACUCAGAAGUUACUGCAUGGAUUUCUGUGACAGAGUCUGUGGGUUUUUUUCUUUUUUCCUCAUACAAGCACUGCUUUCUAAGAUAGGAUGAACAGCUUUGGGUACAACACUGAACCCCACUCAACAUUACAAGGAAGUGUUUUUAAUGACUCGUGUUACCUUUCAUAAAGCUCUGGCCGUUUAACAGGUGGUUUUGUUUUUCCCUGAAAGAUCUCGGUUGUACUUGUUCCUCAUUCUUGGCAGAGCCGUUCAAAGUGCUGAGGAAAAUCAGGAGGAGGAGGAACACAGGAGGGGCUCCUGCCCGGACCCUGCACACAGUGACUGGGGACCUGCAGGAGACCCAGCACCUUGGCGUCUAAGUCAGUGACCUGUGGCCACCUGCUGGGGGCUGCGUGGGAGUCCAGCCAAGCGCCGGGUUGUUGUGUGACGGCUUGGACGUUGCAGAACUCGUAAGGCUGUUAUUCUAUGAUGUGCGCCCGUCAGGCUGGCAAGCGUACUUGAGAACUGGACCGUCCAGGCCUGUGGGAUGAGCCGGGAGGGCAGUCUGAGCUCACGCAGAGCAGCCUUCAGACGCACGGGCGCGUGCUGCCCAUCACGUUUCCAGCCAUCCGCCCUCUCCCCUUUACAGCUAGCUACGUCGCGCGUUUCAGUUUUAUUUUAUAGAAAGCUAGAAAUAGAUUACAAAGAACACUAAAUUCAUUCUUGUGUUAUGCUUGUAUCACAAAACCAAUUAAAAUGGAUUUUAGGAUUUACCUUUAGUAUUAACAACAUAUCUACUGGCUUACUGUUAGGAUUCAAAACCAGUUAAGCGAUUAAGACUUUUCCUAAGUAAUAUUUAUAAAACGUAAAGUUUCUAAGUGGCUCCUCAACAAUUAGAAUCCUCAGUGAUCUUUCUCACAGAUAUGCUCUUCUAUCAGGGUGAAUGUCUCAAUCCAGCUACUUGAGACAAAAGCGUACUACGCCUAGCUGCUGGCGGGGCGGGGCCGCAUACGAACAAGGUGGAAAAGCGUAGGUAGCUGCUUCUGCUGGGGCAAGUGCGGGAAUAAUUCACAGCAACAAUCACUUCUGCCACAGCUAAUUUUUCACAGGUGGUACAUGUUCAAAGAAUAAGCUUGUAUGAUUUUAACUGGCGUUUAAUUUCUGUACUAACAUAAUGUUCGCCAGGCUGAAGUGGCGUGGAGACCCACCGCGUGCCCCCCCCCGGCGGCCCCCAGGAGGGGGCCCAUCUCCCGUGGGACUGCAGGGGCCUCUUGAAGAGAAGGGCCUGGUCAGCUCGCUGCUCUCUGACAAUUCAAGACUUCCACGGUUUAGUUUGAGGCUCCUUUUUAAAUACAAAAUUUCUGAUCAACUGCUCACUACAACUGAAGUGUUACUUGUCAAAAUAUUUAUUCCUUUGUGUGACAUGCUAGAUUCCCAUGGAUGUAGCUGAUCAUUUCUACUGUAAAUAUUACCUAACUUUACAUAAACAAUAUCAUAAUAAACUAUUUUUGCAUCA